GCGUCGGCCAUCGGCCAUUGAGCAGCGCAGUGCGUCGUAGCUGCGUUCAGUGCGAUCGCAGACAUUGUGCAAAACGGUUCGCAUAGGCUGCCGAACGCUAAACGCUGGAAUUGGAAUUCAAAUUGAAAUUGAAAUUGAGAUUGGAAGUGCGCGACUAGCCGCAGGAAUUGUGUUAGACCAAUUUGAAAGCAUUGCAGAGGGCAUUAUACCCCACCAGCCGAGGCGCAAAUAGUUGUCCGAAUUACAACAGCUUGUGCUUUAUCAAUUCGUUUUCUUUUUGGAGGCUCGACAUAUCUGCUCUCUCUCUGUGUUUGCCUACUUUUGACAUCAAUUUAAGCAACGAUCAUGGAUAGCGUCAAGUCGUUUUUCGCCAACCCCAACAAAGAGAACAAUCUGAACAAUCAGCAAAAUGGCGUUUUGAGUCGUUGGGCAACCUGGAACGGCAAUAUGCAGGCGCACUCGGAUCCGGGUUCAGUGAACCCGACUAGGAGCGACACCAAUCGUGGCGAAGCCAAACGCAAGGAUAGUGAUAGCUACUUCUAUAUCAUGUGGCGGGCUUGAGGCGAUAUUCCAGCGGCAAGCGAAGCCAUAUGACAUUAGGAUAAGCAUAAUUAGUCUAAAGUUACCUGGAGUGGUUUUUUGAUUAUAUCUAAAAUUAGAGACAUCGGCGCUGUGACAGACGUGUUUUGCCCUGUUGCACAAUCUCCAUAACCGAUGUUUAGUGAUAUUAGCUAUUUAUUUAUAAUUCGUAAUCUGUAAGCUGUAAUUAUAUUUGAUAAUUGUCUGAUCGAGACUGGCCGCUCUCUAACCUAUAUGGAUGCGAUAACAGUUAUCGGCUUGAUUUAUUGGCUGCUCUGCAUGCUCUUAUUUGGACCCAUAAUGUUCUUUGUCUGCGUCUAUUUACCUGAAGUGCCAGUGCGAUAUGUGAAGAGCUUGAGACAGCAAACCUAGGUCUUUUACACCUAACUUAAUUGUCAUAUAUAUAUAUAUAUAUAUGUAGCACAUAGAAUAUACUCUGGGUAUAUUAUAUUUUAUACUGACAUUGAUACUACUGAUGUACUACUAUCGACAAUACAACACAAUAAAAUCAUUCAUGUGGAACAUUCAAGCGACGCGUUCGUUUCA